AUGAAGGACGCCGCCGAGCUGCUGGGCCACCGGGAGGCGGUGAAGUGCCGCUUGGGCGUCGGAGGCUCGGAGUCGGACGGCCACCCGGGCGACCUGGCCCCUAACUCGGACUUGGUGGAAGGGGCCACGCUGCUGCCCGGCAAAGACCUGGACAAGCAGCCCGGCAAAGACCCGGACAAGCAGCAGGGCCAACCGGGGAGCCAGAACCCCAGCCAGGGCGCCCAGCAGCAGGGCCAGCAAAAACAGACGCGCUUCACGCCGGCCCAGCUCAACGAGCAGGAGAGGAGCUUCGCCAAGACCCACUAUCCGGACAUCUUCAUGUGCGAGUCCCGCGUCCGCCCUCUCACACGGAGAACUCCUUUGCCGCACAAGCCCUGGAAAACUGUGCAAAGAGCGGACAGAAAAAGGCACCAGAAGAGGAAGUGAACCUGAAAGCAAGGCUGCCAGGAGGUAUUCUCUUCAUAAGAAGCCCUCCUUGUCUUACUGGCACAGGAAGUCCUGGACACGGUGGCUUGCAGUUCAAGAGGAACUGAUGUCAUGCACCACCACCAUGUGAUUUCCCUUCCGACUGAGCUGACAGUUUUGUGCAGCACACAGAUCUCUGCAAUGUUUUUAUUUUGGCAGGGACUUUUUUUUUUACCCCAAGCAACCCUGGCCAGGCAAGGCUUGAGCAGAUCAAAGUCAACGAGAGAGAAGCCACUAAUUCUUUACCCACCACUUGUUUUUCAGCUCAAAAUUGGCCUCCCAGUGCUGAUUCUGAGGUUACUGUUCUUUUGACUCGGAGGUCUUGAACAGACCGAGAUCCAGCCCUCUCGUAGGCAGGGAUGCCAACCGCCAGAUGGCACCUGGGGAUCCCCUGAAAU